AUAGAAAAAACACUAAGAAUUAUUUAAUUAAUUAAAUUCUGUGUUGGUUUGUUGUGUAAUUGGGCCACAGAAAAGAAAGAGACGCGAGAAGGAAAGCAAAACACUCCCAAACCAAAAUUAUAUAAAACACAAAACAAAAUCGCCGUAGAAUUUUGCUUGAAAUCACACUCCUCAAGGACCUCACUAUCUUCUUCUUCACUUUUUCCCUUCCAUGGAUUCUGAGUCUCUGGCUCGCAUUAGGCUUUCUUAGCCACACUGUUCACUUCCAAUUCCUCAAGAUCCUUCUGUAUUGAUUGGCAAUGGCGUUGAAGCGCGGGCUGUCGAGUGCGGGCGUCCAGAGAAACCGAGCCUUCGGAUCUCGAUUCCCUGUUGCGAUUCUUAUUUUCUUUUCACUUCUCGUUCCGUUGAUUUUCUUCGUCGGCCGUGGUCUCCACAUAUCUGAUCAAAAUGACAUUUUAUCCAGUCCUGGUGAAAAGAAUGUCGAUUGGAGAGAAAAGCUGGCGCUGCAACAUGUCAAAUCUCUUUUCUCAAAAGAGGUCAUUGAUGUAAUUGCAGCCAACACGAAUGACAUGGGGCCUUUGAGCCUUGAUUACUUCAGAAAAAACAAUUUGUCAGCUUCAUGGAAAGUCAUUGGGGAAAAGACUUCAAUUACAGAUAAGAUAAAUUUUACAGCUGUAGAUGCUAGACAAGAGACACCUCAGGUUAAAGUGGAUGUAUCUUCAGGUGAUCAUGCUCAACUUGUUGAUCUUGCAAAACUAGCCCGACGGCAAUUAAGAGAGAAGAGACGCGAAAAGCGUGCAAAUGAGUUGGUACAACGGGAUGAUGAAUCAAUUGUAAAGCUUGAAAAUGCAGCCAUUGAGCGCUCCAAAUCAGUUGACUCUUCAGUUCUGGGAAAAUACAGCAUUUGGAGGAAAGAAAAUGAGAAUGAGAACUCUGAUUCAACAGUGCGCUUGAUCCGGGACCAAAUCAUAAUGGCAAGGGUCUACUUAAGUAUUGCAAAGAUGAAGAACAAGCUUGAUCUGUUCCAACAAUUACAGACUCGACUCAAAGAAUCUCAGCGUUCAGUGGGAGAUGUAACUGCUGAUGCAGAUUUAUCUCAAAGUGCACCCGAGAAAAUAAAAGCUAUGGGCCAAGUUCUUUCAAAAGCGAGAGAGCAACUGUAUGAUUGCAACCUGGUGACUGGGAAGCUGAGAGCAAUGCUUCAGACUGCAGAUGAACAAGUACGGAGCUUGAAAAAGCAGAGCACAUUUCUUAGUCAGUUAGCUGCCAAGACCAUUCCAAAUGGAAUCCACUGCUUGUCUAUGCGCCUAACCAUAGAUUACUACCUCCUUUCUCCUGAGAAGAGAAAAUUCCCCAGAAGUGAGAACCUGGAAAAUCCUAAUCUUUAUCAUUAUGCUCUCUUCUCAGACAACGUCUUGGCUGCAUCGGUCGUCGUCAACUCUACUGUCACAAACGCCAAGGAUCCGUCAAAACACGUAUUCCAUCUUGUUACUGAUAAGCUUAACUUUGGAGCCAUGAAUAUGUGGUUCUUAUUGAAUCCUCCUGGAAAAGCCACCAUUCAUGUUGAAAAUGUUGAUGAGUUUAAGUGGUUAAACUCAUCCUACUGCCCAGUUCUGCGGCAGCUCGAGUCUGCUGCAAUGAAAAACUAUUACUUCAAGGCUGACCAUCCUACCACUCUCUCAUCUGGCGCUUCUAAUCUGAAGUACAGGAACCCCAAGUAUCUCUCGAUGCUUAACCAUUUGAGGUUCUAUCUUCCACAGGUUUAUCCCAAGUUGGAUAAGAUCCUGUUUCUUGAUGAUGAUAUUGUUGUUCAGAAAGACUUAACUGGAUUGUGGGCUGUCGAUCUACGUGGAAAAGUGAAUGGUGCAGUAGAAACCUGUGGUGAGAGCUUCCACCGGUUUGACAAGUACCUAAACUUCUCAAAUCCUCAUAUUGCAAGAAACUUUGAUCCAAACGCAUGUGGAUGGGCUUAUGGAAUGAACAUGUUUGAUCUUAAGGAGUGGAAAAAGAAAGAUAUUACUGGUAUCUAUCACAAGUGGCAGAACAUGAAUGAAGACAGGACACUUUGGAAACUUGGAACAUUACCUCCGGGGCUAAUUACGUUUUAUGGCCUCACACAUCCACUACAAAAGUCAUGGCAUGUACUUGGUUUAGGUUACAAUCCAAGUCUUGAUCGAUCUGAGCUUGAUAACGCAGCUGUUGUACACUAUAAUGGCAACAUGAAACCAUGGCUGGAGUUGGCGAUGACAAAGUAUCGAGGAUACUGGACCAAGUACAUUAAGUAUGAUCAUCCCUAUAUUCGCAGUUGCAAGCUAAGUGAAUGAACGUUAUAACCGUAAAUAGUGGAAACUCUCUCUCAGUCUCUUUCUCUUGUUCCUUGGUACCUUCAUCUGACAAGUCACUUAGGUUAUGUUUGGUUCAUCGGGAGGAGGUAUUCCCUUAUUUUUCUUUUACCAUAAUCCACAUUGUUUAUUCUUCUUUGUAAUUCAUUCAAUUCCAUUCCAUCAUUUCUCUCACCCAUAGUAACAAGGUAACAACAAAUUCCUUUGCCUUGAUGACCUGUAUAAACUUGAUACCUUAUUUUGUUUCAGAAGUAAGAUGUUGGACAUGAUUAGGAUUAAAUGUCCAAGAUUCUGUAUUCUUUGAACAACUUGCUCGCUUGGAUAGUGCAACGUGUAAGGGACAUGAUAUAUGAAUUGCUUGGAUCAUGAGCUUGUCAUGUUUUUAAUGAUCUUUCAGUUGAAUGAG